AUGGCUAAGGAUAAUAACGAGAAAAUAGAGAAAUUGAAAUUAACGACGCCUAGACGACACGUUAAAAGGUAUGCCUCACCAUUUCAAAACAGAAAACUAAAUGGACUAACAUUGAUAAACAAUGGUAGAUCCUCUUACAAUAGGCAUUACAAAGUUAACAAAAUUCCAGUGUUGAAUGGACAAACUAGACAACUGGUAAGAGAACGCCAAAUCGACCAUAUUCGUCAUGAUAGCUCUAAGACAUUAGAAUGGAUGGGAUCUCUUAUAAGUAGGGCAAAAAAUGUCCUUAAGACACUAAAGGAAGAGGAUAUGCAAUUACGUGAACAACUGUACGAAAAUUCUAGAAGAAAAGAACUACGUACGAUGCAUGUUCAAAGCAUUUUAGAUAAAAAAACAGAUUAUUAUGAAAAUAAAAGUACCACAGCCUCAUCAGAUGUAAGUCAAAUUGUUGACGUUCCAAUUGAAGAUAGAAAUGAUACGGAGGAGUUAUCAAAUGAUGAAAAUAUACCACUAAGUGAUGAUGCUUUAGUUAUAUUGACUGAUUCGGAACCUGAAGAGGACGAAAUUAUAAACGAAAAUUAUCCUGGCAGUGAAGAAAUGGAGGAGCAUGCUAUUGGUAGUAGUGAAAUCCAACUACAAGAUGAGAACGAAGGGAAUUUGUUUGGUGAAGAAAGUGAAUAUGAUUCCAACUUAUCAGAAAACGAAGUAUCAGAAUACGACAAUUCUAUAGAAAAAGCAAAUAAAUUAUUGUCUAGUGAUGAUUCCAUAGUUUACCAGGAUAGAGAAGAUGAUGAGGAUAUACAAUCUCAAGAUGAUUCUGUUAUUAAUGAACAACACGGUUCCUACAUUCAACCUGAAAACGUUGCAGAGGUUGAACUGUUACAGGAUGAGGAGGACAAAGAGGAAGAUAUAUCCGUAGAACGCUCAAUCAGCUCAGACAUAUCUCAUGAAGAGAGCAAUAGAUCCUAUGAUGUUGAAGACCAAGAAGGCGAUGAUAUUGAUGAUGGAAUGCAAUACGCCAUGCCUCCUCAAGAAGCAGUCAGCAAUAGUGCACACUUUCUACAGUCAGAUAUUCAAAAGAUUGCUCAUCAGGCAAUUUUCGGAAAUUCUCAUACACAUGAUCAUCUUAAUUAUAAUUCUGAUAGUAUGAAUGAUGACAUUUCUAAUGAAGAAAUAUCAGAGGGCAACGGAUCAGUACCACACACUAAAGAAAAUUAUGGUAACCCUAAAAUGGAUUAUGGAUAUGAAGAUUAUGAAAAUAUAUCAAAACCAGAUGAAGAUAAAUAUGAAUCUGAAGGGCAGGUUGAGGAUGAACCUGAGUCUGCUUAUGAGGGGCAACAUGGUAGUGCCACACCGAAUUCAAACGGGCAAUAUACAGAAGAUGAACAGGAAGAUGAAGAUGAACCUAUCGAAAUUGAGGUUGAGAGUGAACUUAACAGUGAUGACCAGGAUAGUAUAUCGGGCGAUUACCGUUAUAACAACGGUACUAAUCAAAUUGGUUAUCCAUUAAAUGAGGCGUUGCAUGAGGCCUCGGGUGAAGUUUCAAAUGACGUUUCAGAUGAGGUUCCAUCGUCAGGUGGUGUGCAAUCAAUCGCAGAUAUUCUGUCAUCAAUUCCCAAAAAUAUUAUCCAUAAUUAUAAUGACCAAGCAAUUACACAUAACCUAAAUGAAAAUGAAAUAAAUACCCAAGAUAUUGUUGAUGGUAGUAUAAAUAUCGGUGACGAUAGGAUCGUUGAUAAUUUACCGAUCUAUAGUGAUAAGAUAUACCAUGAAGUUCAUGAAGAAAAGGUUGAGAGGGGUUUAAGAGAAGAGGAAUCUAACCAGAAAAACUUGAAUACACUAUUGCAUGAUAAAUUUAAUGCAGGACAAGAGUCAAACGAUUUUAGCACAAUUGAUGAUCGGGUAACAAUUGGGGAGAAGGUAGCUAUUACAGAUUCUACUAUCAAAAAUGCAGAAACUUUUGACCAGGAUGAGAAUACAUUCUAUAAACAUACAAUAGACAAUUCUGAUAUAGAAAAAAAUCCAACGAUUGAACCUAUACAAGACAAGAAUAGAGUUAAUGAAACCUCUCAUGUGCAAAUUGUUACAAGUGACUCCCAUACCAGCUUCGUAAAUGAAGAUACAUCUAUGUAUUUUACAGUUGAUGAGGGUAAUACAAGUUUAACAAACUCGAAGCUUGAUGGAUUUGUUCAAAAUCCAACAACCAAUACUCAAGGCAAGUAUAAAGUUGAAAUCUCAGAGUCUGUUUAUGAGUCUUCUAAUGAAAACCAAAGUGUACUACUGACAAGAAAUAAUCUAAAGUAUACCUCUCCUUUUGGUUCGGAUCCAUUUUCAGCGUCAAGUGAUGUGAAUGAUGUAAACUCACUUUUAAAAGAAACAUUACGUUCUAUUUCGGGAAAUAAAGACUCAUCACAGGAUCUAAUGCAUCAAAUUGACGAAAUUCAGCAGGCCCGACCUGACACAGAGUCAUAUCAUACUGGAAAUUCCGAUGAUAUUAUUUCUGAAGCUGAUGAAAUGGAUGUUUCGCAAAAAGAAAAUCAUGAAAUAGGGGUAGUUGGUACUGGUGUGGAGCAUUUAGAAAAUAACUUAUCUGUAUCUAAGGCAGAGGAUAACUCUGGAGAAUUGAAAAGGGAAGUUCCCCAACACGACAACGUUCUGGUUUCUUCCAAUUCUGAGAAAGAGGAUAUUGUGCUUGACAGAACGCCCGAUUAUGAUAUGCUAGCUUUAUUGGCAAACGUUGCGCAGAAUCACACAGCAGAAAAUGAAAGUUCAGAAAUGGGUAUGGAGCAAAAGUUGGAGGUCAGUCCGCAAAAUGUUUCAAAUGAUAAUUUCGAAGAUAUCUCUAAUGAUAACAGUAAUGGUGAGCACAAUUCUAGCCAGCUACACCAACUUUCUGAACAAGCACAGUAUGACAGAACAAAUAGCCCCCAUAAUGAAGCUAAUAAUAGCGAAGAGGAUAUUUCAAGUGAUGCAGAUGAUGAGAUGGUUACAGCUCUACACGAUAUGGAUGGAAAUAAUGAUAUAGCUCAAUUUGAUCAUAAUUCGGAUGUUUUAAAUGAUGGAGUUCCGAGUACAAAUUUCUCUCCAGAACGUCUGGGUUCACCAGCCUUUCAUAUUUUGGGGGAGGCCAUACAUGCUAACAAUAUUAUUGGAUCUCAAAUCGAAUAUCCAACACCUAUGGAGAGUGCUGCUUCUAGUGAUACAAGAAAUGAGUAUGUACCAAUGUAUCACAGUAAUAGUGAAGAAUUGCGGAUGACAGACAGUGUUAAUUUGUCAGAGGAGCAUUCAGUAGCUGCCGAGCAAGAAAUAGAAUUGCAAGAUGUAAAUAUGAAUGAACCAAUUGACGAGCGUGAGUCGUUUACAUCUCUCAAAUUUGAAGAUGAUAGCUCUUCUAGUGAAGAUAAAGAAGAUGGGGACGUAGAAAUGUUAGAUUCAUCUGAUGUUGAACAAGGUGAACAGUUUCACGAACAAAAAAAACAGAAUAUUGUACAAAAAAUAUUCAGAGCUCCUUUUAAUACAAUUAAAUAUCUUGCUGACAACAUUAAUCACAUUACUAAUGUUACAGCUAGUUUUGUGGAUGAACUCAAUGCAUACCCUUCCGAAAAUGAUACCACUGUGAUUAAUAACGAAGAUGUAUAUCAACAAACAACUGACGCGGAUAUCGCAGGUAGUAAUAGUGUAACGUCAGACGAAUCUAUGGAUUCAGAUGCUAGACUAUUACAUAAUGAUGAUAUGGUUUCUGCUACCAACACUGACAUAUUAUCUGUUUCAAACUCUGAUGACAUAGAUAAAAAUGGUACUUAUGGAGAUAUUGAAAUUCUCGAUGAUACAAUAGAUAAAAUGCCUGACAAACUAUAUGACUUGAAUAAACAAGAAGCUACAAAUCACAUAGAAAUAUUAGAAAAGAAUAUUCAUCCUCAGUUGAUCAAUGAAGAAACCCAAGUACAACAAAAUGAAUUUUCGGACCGAUUUGACAACCAUUCUAAUACAGUGGGAAUGGAAUUGGAUUCCAACCGACCUUCAGAUGUUAAAUUGGAGAAUCCUUCGGAAAUUACAGAAAAAGAAGUAAAUGUUGAAUCUGUGACAAAUAACAACCGAGAUGUUGUUGAGCCCGUUGACAUGGCUUAUAAAAUUCAACUUAACUAUAUUAAUGACAAUAAUGAUGGUAACGGAAACGAUAUCGAUAUCGAUAUCGAUAGCAAUGAUAGGCUGAAUGAUGUUACCUUCGAAAGAAAAAGUGAUGAUAAUAACAUUUCAAGAAAUAUUUCGUUGGAAGUUCAGAUGAAUAAUGCUACCAACAAUGAGGUUAAUAAUGAAGAUAUCAAUAACAGUAACUCCACAGCUGAAAGUACCGCUCACGAAGAAUUUACAAAUACAGAUGUCAGAAUGAACCCUCUCUCAGAUGAAGAAACAGCGCAUGAGAAUACAGCUAAUGACGGUCAUGCGUCAAAUGUAGAGGGAGAAAAUAUUGAACAACAGUUCAGUGUAAACCACAGUGUUACAGAUGACAGUACUGCUAAUGAAGAUAACGUCGCUGAAAUUAGCUCAGAUCAUAACCUAGAACUUGGAGCUAAUCAAGAAGCAUACCAAGAAGAAAUAACUACAUUGGUAACCACAUUACCAGCUCCAUAUUCUGAAGAAGUUGGAGUAACAUCUAAUAUAGAACAAAGUCCUGGUGCUUCUGCUGUAAAAGUAUCUGGCUCAUUGAACUUAUCCGAUAACGAUUCAAAAUAUUAUAGUACGGCAGAUGUUGAUGUUGCUCUAGAUCAUCACUCCUCUAACGAAGACGAGAAAAACGAAAUUUUUCAAAAUAUGUUGGAAGAUGGGCGGAUAAUUAGCACUGAUAAUUUCACAAAUAAUAAUGAGCAAGAGAGGGAAUCGAAUUUUUUAAUUCAACCUGCGUUUCAGGAAGAGUUAAGCCAAAACAGACACGAGGCUAAUGACGAAGACGUAUCUAUGGAACGUAAGGAUGAUUACACGGAACAUCCCUUAGAUGAAAAUAUACUUGGCGUACCUGAUAUAUUACCUAAUCAAUUAUCCUCAGCAAAGCUUGAUGUUGUACCGAGCGAGGAUGUUAAUGAUAACGUUGAGUUGGUAGUAGAGGGAAACCCGGAGGAACCUGAAGCCUCCACAGAUAUCGAUGAUGAUCAGCCAAGCACCGUCUCAUUAUCAAAUAGUAACAAUGUAAAUGAAAAUGAUAUUCAAGUUGGAAAAAUAGACGAACAAGACGAGCAAUUAAAGGAAUCAGAAGAAAUAAAAUCUGCAGUUGCAGAGGAUAAUUUGAUAACUAAGCGCGAAGACCUGUCUGGUUUACUUGAAAACGUGGAAAACGGUAGUUUUAUUAAUAUUGGGGUUGGAGCUAACGAACAAGAUGAUUUUGAGAUUAAAAAUGAAUCGCAUGUUGACAUUCAUAUUUCUGAAGAAGAAAAUACAUCCUUGAUAGUUCCUGAAGAAGAAAAAGAAGAUGAUGAGGCAAUAGAAUUAGCGCAAGAGUCAGAUACUGGAAAAACUAAAGGUCGAAAAGAAGAAACUGACGCUAACGAAAUCAAAUCCCAGUUAGAUGAGGAACAUUCUUUGGUUACUGAAGAUUCUACAGAUGUUAAACCUUCAAAAAGGAAAACGAAAAGGAGACCAAGAAAUUUCCGUAAGAGGAAGAGAGCUAUUACUGACAACUCUUCUCCCGACGGACCUUUCAAACGGACUAGAAGAGGUGUCCUCGAGAAGAAGAACGUCUUCGAAAGAAGAACAAGAUCUUCCAAAAAAUGA